CCCACAGGGAUGUAACCUGCUGCAGCCUCGGGAUAAUAAGAGGCCCCCUUGUAACCUAAUCGAUCGUCGAGCAGAGAGGCAGACCGGGUCCGCGCUCUGCGAUCGGCUUCUCUGUGGCAGACCAACUUCCCAGAAUAGCAACUCGGGCGCGUUGUCUGCUGCUCUGCUCUGCUCUGGAGGAGGAGAUGGAGGACGAAGUCAGCGGUGGAUUUAACAACUGUUGCUUUUGCUGCUGCUGCUGCGGAACCAAACUGGCGCUCAGUCCGCGCUGCGUGGCGCACGUCGGGCUAGAAUGAAGCCUUUGCCAAGCCGAGACACUCAGCCGGGAACAGUACUGUGCAAGUUGAGGGGAUUACAUAAACUCCUCCGUGUUUAAGGUAAACGAAACAGGGCAGCGAGAGAGACAUUGGGUGCAUGCAUCGGGUUUCCUGUGUUAACUAAUCAUUCCGUCGCCGCUUCCAUCGAGCCGCUCAGUGUUGCUCGACUGUCGGCAGGCUGCAGGCGCUUCAGAGCUGCUGGAGGCGCAUGUCUGCGGCAAAGGCAGACAAGCGGCGUCUGUCUGAUGAGUGGAAAGCCAGACGGGCUCUGCUGUAGACUGCAGGGAGGUGGAGACAACUUACCACCCCCUCCCUCCGUCCUUGACUGAAAUUACCAACUAAUUUUGCACAGGGGAGACGCUUGAAGCACUCCCUGCAGCACUUGAAAUGGAGGCUCCUGAUGGCUACUGUGCUAGUAACGGCCAAUGCUCUCCCGGUGAGGAGAACUCGAGAAUGUUGGCGGAUAUGUCAACGCCUAAUGGACAGAUGGUUCCUCAGGGUCCUAAUUCCCCCACCGAACUGGCAAUUAAGCAAGAGGAAGAAACAGCGGAGGAGGCUGACAACAGAAGCCCGGCACUUGAAGAAAUAGGCCAAACAGGGGAGGAAGAAGUAGCAGUGGAGGAAUCCAUGACUGGCAGCCCGAACAAUGUGCAGGAUGAAUUAUCAGGGCCGAAUGUGACAGCUGAUGCAGGAAAUCGACAACCACACGGUGACAGGCCGUUCCAGUGCAACCAGUGCGGCGUCUCGUUCACCCAGAAGGGAAACCUGCUGCGACACAUUAAGCUGCACACAGGCGAGAAACCCUUCAAAUGCCCCUUCUGCAACUACGCCUGCCGGCGGCGCGAUGCCCUCACCGGUCAUUUGCGCACUCAUGCUGUUGGCAAACCACACAAGUGCAACUACUGUGGCCGGAGCUACAAACAGCGCACUUCUCUAGAGGAACAUAAAGAGCGCUGCCACAGUUACCUGCAGGGCAUCGGCUUGGAUCCGACCACCAACACUGGUCCUUACACAGGUGAGGUUCCCGCAGAGCCGAGGACCAUGGCGGAGGCCAACACCAUGGCCGCGUUUGAUCGACCGCCCGUUAUUGAAAGGCUGCACAACAACGUGGGCAAGAGGAAGAGCACCACGCCCCAGAAAUUUGUGGGUGAAAAGAUGUUACGCUACAGCUACCCUGAAGUAGGCUAUGAGAUGGGCCUUAAGUAUGAGAAGCAGGCAGAACUGUUGCCAGCCCACAUGAUGGACCAGGCCAUCAAUAAUGCCAUCACAUACCUUGGAUCAGAGACCCUUCGGCCCAUGCUCCACCAUCCAGGUCCCCCUCUCUCCAUGGCGGAGGUGGUGCCCAUGGUCAACCCCCUCUUCCACCAUGUCCUGCCACUGGCCCAACGAACAGAGCGUCUAAGAAACUGUGACACCCUGCCACCUCAGCCCCAUGACUUCCCCAGUCACCCCUCCACAAACGGCCCCGCUGCCUCAAACCGGCAGGUCAAGCCGCCCCAAAAAGGGCAAGAGGAAUCUCCCAACAACAGUGGACUCGACUCUGCUGACUCGGCUCGCAGCAGCCCUCAAGAGAGGCAGGGCAACCACGGCAGCAACCCCCCUUCCGGCCUCAGGUCCCGGGGUAGUCCAGCGGUGAUCUAUUCAGGUGAGCGGGUGACAGAAGCGUCGCCCAGAAGCGGGGCAGGAAUGGGGACAGGGAUAAUGCGAGUGGCCAUGGAGAGGCCCGCGAGCCAGGGAGGGGUGCAGGUGUUCGGACGAGAGGGCCAGGAGCUGCGGGCCUUCCAGUGCGAGCACUGUCGGGUGCUCUUCCUGGACCAUGUCAUGUACACCAUCCACAUGGGUUGCCACGGAUACAGAGAUCCACUGGAGUGCAACAUUUGUGGUCACCGCAGCAAAGACCGCUACGAGUUCUCCUCUCACAUAGUCCGCGGUGAACACACCUUCCAUUAAGAGGAUGGGCAGGAAUGAAGGGAAAGGAGCAAUAGCCUGAUAUCCGUCCUUAUCCCCAGACCUCUGAGACUGCGCAGUUGAAUGGCACUGUAGACAAGUGUAGCACAAUCAUAGCAUAGACUUCUUUUUAAGCUACUUAUUGUGAAUCUGAACAGUUGAACAAUCAUAUGAAGGUACGGGCCAAAGACACAUUUUUCUACAUAUUAAAUUAAGAUUAAUGUAGAGGAAGGAAGGUAAGUUUUUUUUUUUCUCUCUCUCUCUCUCAAAAUGUUGAAUUGUAUAACAGAGCAGCUGUCAGACGACUUUGACUAGUUUUUCGUUUCAGUUUUAUUUGGAAAUGUCUCCUUUUGUGCUUGUCCUGUGCUCCUUUUUUCUAUUAUUUUACAGAAAUGAUAUAUUGAAAUAUGAGAACAUGUUCUUGCCUUGCGAACUAAGUGAACCAGAUGGGGGAAAAAAAAGUUUCAGCUCCACCAGACAGAAUGUCACAGUUACAGCUGAUGACAGUAGUAAAGGCUUCAGGUAGUCUUAACUCAACUAAAGAAAUACUAUCAGUCAUGAAUUCUUAAAUAGACAUACUGGAUCCUUGCAGUUUUCCUCUUUCUUCUUUAUGACAUUGCUGUGGCUGAUAAUCCUCAUGCUGGUGUCCAUUUGAGCUUGAUUUCCAGUGGUGUGGUUGUCUGCAAGGUCUCUGUAGCUAUAGACAUUUGAACAGCCAUGCCAUCACCUUCAGUAUUUUGACCUGCUUUGGUAUUGCCGUGCAUAACAGCGUCAUUUUUAAUCAAUUAGCAAACAUAGCUCAAUACCAUGCAUUUAAAAAUAAACCAUUUGAAAUUACACCAGACUUUACCAUUGACCCCCACCAAUGUUAACAACAACAAAUGCAUGUUUUGAGACUUUUAUUCCCGUUGUCCCUUAAAUAUAAGUUGAGUGCAACUUGAAAUGGCAGAUGAAUGUCGGUAAACACAAAUAAAAACUAGAUGUACGGAGGUAUAUCCCAAUUUGUAUAAAUGAUGGUAAUCACAAAUGCAUUAUCCCUUCCACAAACACAUACUAGCAAAAAGACGUUACAUAUAGACUAGGCUACACAUUGCAUUCAAAAUGAUUCUUGCCUAUAUUAAUACCUCAUUUGCAAGGAUGAUGCUAAAGCUAAUGCUAACUGUCUAAAAAGGCCACAUAGAUGGGUGAUAGCGGAAAGCUACUUCCUAACAACCACGUUGUGGGAUUCAGCCGGUGUGAUAGCCUUCACUCAUAAAAGUGGGCUGAUAUUAGGGUGUAUAAUAGAGCUGUUUUUUCACUGCCACAGUGCAGUAUGUUAGCAGACGAAACUAGCAGUGCUAGCUAGCAAGCUAAAUAACUUAGUUUUUACUUAGACCACCCACAUUUUUUUAUGUCAUCAGUGGCGGGUGAAGCACUCGAGUGUCACUACCUGCACAGAAGAAGAACACCACUAGCUUCCUGUUGCUGGCGUGCAGAUUUUCUCAUUUUAAAACAGGUCCAUACAACUCAGCUCAGACAGUCUGAAAGAUGAUACCCAUUCGACAUUACUUUAUUCUUUGAAAAAGGCACUGACUCAUACACCAGAUUGUAGAACACUUAGAAAAAUAUGUCUUCUCAUGGAAAUUUUGUGAGUCUUCCGCCACAAAUGUAAUCAAAUCCACAUGCAGAUUUUACAAUUUGUACUUAAAUGAAAAAAACCUUUAUUUCCACAAGAACAUCUCCAAUACAGAUGUUCUUAGUCCUAUUGUUCUUAGGUUUUAAUUUAUGUUUGGAGCCAUUAAUAUAUAAAAAUAAAAUGAAAAUAAUAUACAGUUAAAAUUCUCAUUUAUAAAUCUCUUUAUUUCUAUCUCACUUGUAUUGGAACAUGCUUCUCUCCGUAGUAAUCAGCCUCUAUUCAGCUUGACUGACAAGUUAGAACUAUUGAUCAUCAAGAGAAUCCACAGUGAAAGGAAAAACAAGUACAGAAAGGGUAGCCUGAUGGUUUUGUCAGCCCUGUGACCUUAAAAAGUUCAGUUCAUGGCCAUCUUUUUCAUCGACUUUUUCUUUUCUGAGCAGCACAGCUAACGCAUCCUCCACACAAAUAACUGGCCAUUUGUGUCUUUCCCCGGUCUUAUAAAGAAUUGUUAGAUCCUGGUGGCUUUGAGGGCACAGAUUCCUAAAAAAUGCAGAUCUGUUUUUGUUUUGAUGAGUUAAAAAUCUAGAAGUCGCUCAACCUCCCGGCAGGAGUAACGAUGCCUAAUUGCAAUGGAUACCGAAGGGGUAAAGGAGGCUUAGGAUUCGGCAUGGGUCGCUCUUCUCUGAUGUACCUCACUUCAUGCUUUAGGCCCAUCUUUUUGAUCUAAUCCACUUAGCUAUUAAGGCUGGAUGACUGCGUGUGCUUGUGUGAGUGUGUUUAGUAUACGUGUUGUGCGUUUCUCUUCAGUGCUUUUGGUACGGGGUCAGCUGGGGUCUGCAUUAUUGAUCCUGUUUUCCAGCUACAUACGUGUGGUUUCAAUGCCAUCUUAUUUGAAUGUCACGAAAAAUACACAAAAACAUUACAAACUCUGCACAAAAUCAUCUGGGGAUCUUAAAAUGUUGAGUACCUUUGCAUUAAACACAGCUGAAUGCCUUCAGUUUACUGCAUUAUGGGAAUAGAGGGGAUUCUUGAUGUGUGCGAUGGGCAUUUGCCAUGUUUUUGUUUCUCCUACUGUAGUAUUCACCAACACUCACCAACAUCAUCUCAAGCACACACACACUAAUAAUGUCCUUCACGCUUCCUCUCUGUCUGAAUGUCACUCUUUGCAUUCCCAUAAUGCCACCACAUUCAUGGAUGACCUUGCACAGAGGUGGUGGAGAACGAGACAGCUUGAACAAGAGGAAGAGUGAGGAAGAGGAGUGUGGUUGCCGCAUGGUACUACUCUGAAAAUGUAGCAUUCCAAGUCACCUCUGUAAACCUGCUCUAACGUGAAAAGCUCAUGUAUGCAAAGUUAAAAUGGAAAGUCCAGAUCUCUAGUCCAUCAUCUGCAGUAUGUUGUAGGAUGACAGAUUUUAAGGCCAGCUGCAGCUCUCUCCAUGUGAAAGGACUCAGAUAAGACUGUGCUUUGUACGGUCGGCCAUGCACUUUAUGUCCAUGCCCUGACACCAGGCAGCCUUGUUGUUGUUGUUGUUUUUUCCCACCUAGUUGUUAUAUUGAAGUGUAGGUAGAGUGAAAAACAAUCGAUUAGCCUUUUCUCUGAAAGGACAACAUAGGAGAGACUCCAUGUAGGUGUUGCGAAGCUGUCUGAUGAAGUUUUUUUUAUUGUAAUAGUACUUACAAGAAGUUUGGCAUUACUAGCUUCGCACUGGUCAACAUCCUAAACAGUUGAUUUUUCUCUACAGUUAAACUCAGUGAUUUUCUCCUCUGUGUUCAGUGUCUACUUGUUACCAAAAGGCAGCUUUUUCUCUGUUUACAUGUUGCUUCUCUUAUGCGCAACUGGUGCCCAGCCAGCAUAAAAACUUACUGUGUGUAAAGUAUUGGCACUGGAAAUUGUUUACACCUCGCAGCUGUGAUAUUGACUCGAUACAUUCCUCUAUUAUAUCAUUCCUGUAUAUAUUCAUUAUCUGAAGCCUUAUCGAUUGAGACAGGGGUCCUCCUAAAACAACAUAUCCUUUUAAUGAUCCCAUGACCAAAUGUUAGUUAAAGCUACUCUCAUUGUUCUUCUUUAAUCCCCUUCUGAAGGAAUGCAAAUAGACAGACCGCAACUAAAUAAAGCAUAAACAGGGCAUAAAAUAUGACAAGAUAUUAAAAUUAAAUGUUAUUUUCUCAGUUUUCGUUUGUUCUCCAGGUUGCAUUUGGUCAGAUUUUAGGGCACAGACAUGUUUUUUUUUUUUCUCUUGUUCUCAUAUUAAUGUAAUAAGGACAGCCUUACUUGUACACAAAUUAUUUCAAUGAAACAGCCAUAUGAACAAAAAAAGGUGAGAAAAAAAAGGUCUUCUGUCAGCCCUCCCUGUGAGUGAGGAGUUUACUUGAAAAUCUAAAUCAUUGCUAUUGUUUCAGAUUGCGGGGAUGUUUUUGUAAAUUUUGAAAACGCGUGUGCUAAAUGUCUAUUUUUCUGCUGAAAUGUUAAUGCAACUAGUUUUGUGAACUUUUGCGUGUGUGGUUUUUUUUUUAAUUUUAAAAAUGUUUACAAAAAUGUAAAAGACUGGGUUCAGGUGAAUUGUAUUUUUUAAGGAAUAAUAUAUGAAAGGUGUAUAUUUUGGCACUGAAUAUUGAAAUUAUUCAGAUUUGUGUGCUGGCCGAUCAUCUCUGACAUUGAUAACAACUUUCUGAUGUGAGGGCUCUCAGGUAUUUGCAUAGGUUGUGUAUUUUUAUGUCCUAAAAUAUGUGAUUUAUUUAUCAAAAAAAAAAAAAAAAAAGAUGCGCAGUUAUUGAAUUUCUUGGUAAUUUCUCAUGACUUCAAUCAGUCCAACACUGAAUGUGGUAAAGGAAGUUGGAGUAUUGCUCAGCCCUGUUUUUGACAUCAGUGACAUUACAUGAAGACACACUGCUGUGAAGAAUACAAUGUAUAUUUUUAAGGCAUGGGUUUCUCUCUAUUAAAGAAAUGAUUUUA